AGGCGGCGUUCUGCUGAUCUGUUAAACCGAGGCUUCACCGAUUUCCAGUGGCUGCUGUUGUGAAGUUAUCCUGACAUUUCUGGGAGGAGAUCCAAAAACAAAAACGGAGGGGUGGGGGAAGAAGGGAGCGAGGGAGAAGAGAAGGGACUCAGGAAGGGGAGGGAGAGAAGAUCAGAAAGGGAAAGCAAGGUGAGGAGAAGCCCUCUCCUCAGCCUUACAUUUGGUGCGCUUGAGUCCUGCCUGGGAAAUAUUGACGCUUUGGCUCUCUGGAGACAAAGGCGCUCCGCUCCGCUGAGGAGGACGGGACCGCUGGGGAGGAUCAUGGAACUUUAAAAGAGAAACAGAAUCAAGCAAGCGGCGGCUCAGCUUAAAGCGAAAUGUGUCUCAGCGUGGCUGCUCUUGAGAAAAGGCAGAGCAGCGGCUAGAUGGGGAGAAGCAAAGAUCCCUUAGAGAAUUCCCGUUCACUGCACCCGGCUUGGUAAAAGAAAGGGGUGUGUGUGUGAAGAGGGGAGCCAUAACCGGACAUUCCCCGGAGUCUUGUUUUGUAGAACGAAAAAAUGCUGAGCUGCCUGCCGCAGACCUACAUGGCCAGCCACUCGGUCUAAAGAAAGACUUUUGCAAGGGGGGAAAGACCCAAUUCUGGAAGUGGAACUUUACGAAAGGGUAAUCCCACAAUGAACUGGACGCCAGUUGUGAGCUUAAUUGUAUUGUCGGCUGCGUGGCUAGUGUGUGGUUCUCAAAAGCCCUUGAGGCAAGCAGAGAGAAGGAGCUAUGGAGUCAGGAAAGUGCCUCUGGCCUACAGGAGUGACAGCAGACCUGCCUCACAGCUCAAGAGAACAAAGGUGUCUCACAGGUUUUUGAGGUUUCAGCAGCGUCCCCUUGUCAAAAGAGAUUCUUUGGAGUCCAAAGUCACACAAGCCAUUCCCCUGGAAGAUGAUGCUCAUGUCCAGGCGAAGAAUGGUGGGGCUAGAGUACGGCAGAUACAGAGGCCUCAGCCGGAAAUGAUUAAGGAUGAAGGAGCAUCAACCGUGUACCAUUCACGCACAGUGCGCUUCCCAUCUGGGUCGAGUUCUCCCAAUAUUCUGGCCAGCUUUGCUGGAAAGAACCGAGUCUGGAUCAUCUCUGCUCCCCAUGCCUCUGAUGGUUAUUACCGUCUCAUGAUGAGUCUCUUGAAGAAUGAUGUCUAUUGUGAACUGGCCGAGAGGCAUGUCCAGCAGAUUAUCUUGUUUCAUGAGGAAGGCAAAGAGAGAGGGAAAGUCAGGAAGAUAACCACUGAAGGGAAAAUCCUGGAGCAGCCACUAGAUCCAAGCCUGAUUCCUAAGCUCAUGAACUUUGUGAAGCUAGAGAAAGGAAAAUUUGGCAUGGCUCUUCUGAAGAAGACAUUGCAAGUGGAGGAAAGAUACCCUUAUCCAGUAAGGCUGGAGGCCAUAUAUGAAAUCAUUGACCAGAGCCCUAUUAGGAAAAUUGAGAAGAUGAGGCAAAAGGGCUUCAUCCAGAAAUGCAAAGCAGCUGGAGUGGAAGGCCAAGUGGUUGAAGAAGGUAACAAUGGCAGUAACAACGCAAGAACAACGCCAAGUAGUGGGCAUGUCCAGUCUUCAGCACGGAAAGAAGAUCUAAGAAAAAGCAGUUUUCAGCCAACAAAAGUGAAAACUGUGAAGAAAGUUUUAACAACAGUGCCUCCCCAUCCUCCCCCUACUACUAGAGCGACCAUCCCUGCUCCCACAACCAUAACCUCAAGACCAGUCAGCAGAAUAGUGACAACAGCUAGUAGGCUUACAACCACUACCACAACUCUUCCUACUACACAGCGCACCUGGACCACAAAACCACACACAUUGCUUCCCACAGCACCUGAGGCAACCGCCCCUCGCAUAAGAGAUACAGAGGAUUUCUACUCCCCUUCAUGGAAAGAGAACCGCAGAGAAAAACAUCAUGGCCACACACAGAGACAGAUGACAACUACUAGGAAACCCAGUAAAGCCACUCUUUAUGACACCUACACAGAGAUUCCAACAAACCCCUCUGAACACUACACACGGUCCAGUGCUGGCAGAUACAGAGACAACCGUACAGACAGGAAGGACUAUAGCAGUAGGGAUCUCAGUGUCACAGGUGGGCAACACAAGCCUGCUAAAAGCAAGCCACCUAAAAAGAAAGCCCAAGACAAAAUUCUGAGCAAUGAAUAUGAGGAUAAAUAUGACCCAGGGCAGCCUUCAGUUCCCCAUUUAGAGGAAGAAGUUCCAGCGGGAAAUAUACCACCAAAGAAAGGGAAAGAUCUAAAGAAACAUGAGCGCUUAGAUAAAUCUGAAAAGAAGAAGAAAGAGAGAGCUGACAAGAAAAGUGAGAAACAGGCCAAGAAGGACAAAGCUGAAAAGAAGAAUAAACAAGAGAAAGAGCGCAACAAGAAGAAUAAGAAGGGAAGCAAAGCUGAGAAUGGGGGGAUCCUGAAAUCCAAUGCCAAGACUUUCACACAAGCCUCAAGGAAAACUGUAACAAACCUUUUGGAUUUCUUUGAAGGCAAAAGGCGACUUCUGCUGAUCACAACUCCCAAGGCUGACAACACCAUGUACGUUCAACAGAGAGAUGAAUACCUGGAAAGCUUUUGCAAAAUGGCAACAAGAAAAAUCUCAGUCGUCACCAUCUUUGGCACCAUGAACAAUAGCCGCAUGAAGAUUGACCACUUCCAGCUAGACAAUGAGAAACCUAUGAAAGUGAUAGAGGAUGAAGACCUAGUGGACCAGCAUCUCAUCAAUGAGCUGAGAAGAGAAUAUGGAAUGACAUACAAUGACUUCUUCAUGGUUCUGACAGACAUAGACAUGAGGGCCAAGCAAUAUUAUGAAGUGCCCAUAGCAAUGAAGUCAGUGUUUGAUUUGAUUGAUACUUUCCAGUCACGUAUCAAAGAUAUGGAAAAGCAGAAACGGGAAGGCAUUGUCUGCAAAGAUGACAAGAAACAAUCCCUGGAAAACUUUUUGUCCAGAUUCCGAUGGAGAAGGAGGCUUCUAGUUAUAUCUGCUCCCAGUGAUGAAGACUGGGCCUAUUCACAGCAAGUUUCUGCCCUUGUGGGACAAGCUUGCAAUUUUGGUCUGCGUCACAUCACUGUCCUCAAGUUGCUAGGCCUUGGAGAUGAUGUUGGCGGAGUGCUGGAACUGUACCCCAUUAAUGGGAGCUCCAGCGUGGACAGAGAAGAUCUUCCUGCUCAUUUGGUGAAAGACAUUCGCAAUUAUUUCCAGAUCAGCCCUGAAUAUUUCUCCAUGCUAUUGGUUGGAAAAGAUGGAAAUGUCAAAUCCUGGUACCCUUCCCCAAUGUGGUCCAUGGUGAUCGUUUAUGAUCUGAUCGACUCAAUGCAGCUUCGACGACAGGAAAUGGCCAUUCAGCAGUCACUUGGGAUGCGAUGCCCAGAAGAUGAAUAUGCAGGGUAUGGAUACCAUGGUUAUCACCAAGGGUACCAAGAAGGAUACCAAGAUGACUAUCGUCACCAUGAAAGUUACCAUCAUGGAUACCCUUACUGAAAAAAAAAUUCACCUUUGACCACACCCUGCUUGCAUCUUAAUAGCUGUUUAAACCACAAGUGGCCAUAUGUGCAGAUCCUUUCACAGCAGCCUAAACAUGUUUCUUCUUGUUCUCCAAGGACGGCAUGAAUAUUGAACUUUGGCCUUCUCUGUAACACGCAUGUUCAUGAAGUGAAAUAAGCCAAACUAGCAUUGCAGAUGCCUUACAGACUCCUCUAUAUUUUGAAGCCCUUGUAAUUUGAGGGUAUUAUCUGGUGCUAUGUAUGUAUAUAUUGACCUCUGUCCCACUCCAACCAUGGACAUUGUACUGUAGACAGGGUACAAACUGUACAGCAGACAUAUACCAUUUUUCUCUCCCAUGGGAGAAGAAUAUUUAUUGGAAACUAUGAAUUUUUGCUGAAGAGGAGCAGCAGAUUAUAUUACAGUUUUAUUUUAUUUUUGAGGCAUGACUAUGGAACAAAUCCUUAUAAAAAAUGAAUGCUUACAGGAUUUGUCUGAAAGGACUUUUAUAAUAAACCAGAUUGGUAGUCUGCUGGUUUAACCUAUCAAUUUCCAGUACGGAAAGCUGAAAUUUCUAAGGCUUGAAACAAUAUCAAAAUAGAUUCUUAGUGCAAACACUGCA